CAAAUUUGCAGUGCUUAACGUCUUUUAGUCUGACCUAUUUGCAGUGGUGCGAUCUGUUACAAAUAUUUAAACUUUAGUGUAAAGCUCCAAACGGAUAUUUCAAAAUGAGAUCAGGAAUCACCUUAGGACUACUAAUAUCAGCUUUGGGGAUUCUUCAUAAUUGCAAAGCCAACCGUGGGUAUGCUGGGGAUUGCAGUAAUGACCAAAAAUUAUAUGAUUUGUAUCAAGAAGAAGACGACAUCCCACUUAAUCAGUAUCGGGUCUGUUUCAGUAAAAUAGGAGAACCGAAAAUAUUUCUUUGCCCAGAAAACCUGGAAUUUAACGAGUUAACAAAAAGCUGUGCCGUUAAUUUAGGUGAUGCAGCCAUAGGAACAUGCACUAGCGAAGAUGACAAAUUUGAAGAUCCCUCCACUGCCGGCUGCAAGGGGUACUAUGAAUGUUCGUCAGUAGGUGGGACUCCUACUCCAACUGAUGAUCCUUGCGAGGACAUUUUCCAUCCUCUUUUACAAAAGUGUGUCACUCUCGACGAGUAUUAUUGCGACGAGAAACCUGAUUGCGAUGAUUCUCAUUACCAAAAUAGAAACUGGACUGAUAAAGGAAGUUGCGAAUCAUACUACGAAUGCCUUGGGGAUAUUCGUGUAAAGGAAAAGUGUCCAAGUGGAAUGUACUUCGACCCAAUAACUCAAGCUUGUCUGCACAACAAAAACAAUUGUAAAGUUCCUGAACCGACCGCCGGUCUAUUAGUUGAUCUUAAAACAAUGUGCAAAGGCAAUGUUGGAAAGUUUCUUCCGGAUCCGUACUAUUGUAAAAGUUACUACUAUUGUCUCGACGAAGCAACGCCCUACUGGAGUCCUUGUGAUGACGAUAAAUAUUUCGCAAAUGGGUCUUGUACUUCAGUUAGGCCUGAUAGCUGCACUUGCGAAGAUGUAGACUGGGAAGGCAAAACUUCAGCAAAAGUUCCACAUUCAGAUAAAUCAAAAUAUUAUGUGUGUAAGCCAGGAGAAUUACCGGUGGAGAAGACUUGUCCAUCCGGCACAAUCUACGACCCAGAAGAAGAAGAAUGUCUAAGGAACUAAAUAUUGGUAACAUCUUAGAAGAUCAUGUAGAGUGUAAUCCAUAUUAAAUGGUAACCAAUAUCUAUUUUUAUAUACGAAAAAUAAAUUAUAGUUUUUUCACUGA